AUGGGGAAGCUGAUCUCCAAAGGCCGGCGCAAAAGAGAUGCUCGAGUUGUCAUGCUGGGGCUGGACUUGGCUGGCAAAUCCACCCUUCUGUACAAGCUCAAGAGCGGACAGGCUGUGGAGACCUGCCCAACGGUGGGAUUCAACGUGGAGUCUCUGCAGACACCCUGCGGUGUAUCCUUCACCCUCUGGGACAUUGGCGGACAAAGCAGCCUGCGGGCAAGCUGGCCUGACUACCUGGAGGACACCAACACCCUCAUCUUCGUGCUCGACAGCACAGACACAGCGCGGCUGCCCGAGGCAGCGGCAGCACUGGAGGAUGCCCUGAGCCACCCCAGCAUGGCUGGCAUCCCCGUCCUCCUCCUGGCCAACAAGCAGGAGGUGCCG